GGGAAAGGAGUUCAACCAGCCACAUAUUUAACAUAUAAAAUGGAUUAAGUCGACUCAGUCGGAUUUGGAAGGCGCUUUCCUUUUCUUUUAUUUGCCAGAACAGGGGAGACUGUGCUGUGGAGAGAAAAGUCCUGCGACGGAGAAAAGGUAUUUUUCAGACAACAAUGGCGCAGAGAGAUAUAGACGAGCUCCCAAAGCAGGAGGCGAACUACACAGCUCUCACCCCGCUCUGGUUCUUGGAAAGAGCCGCCGCCAUCCAUCCCACCAGGCCCGCCGUCGUUCAUGGAUCCCUCACCUACACCUGGCAGGAAACUUACCGGCGCUGCCGCAAGCUGGCAUCCGCUCUCUCCGGCCACUCCAUCGGCGCUGGCUCUACGGUUGCGAUAAUAGCACCGAACAUUCCAGCAAUGUACGAAGCCCAUUUCGCAGUCCCAAUGACAGGAGCUGUGGUGAACUGUGUCAACAUCCGUCUCAAUGCAUCCACCAUCGCUUUCCUAUUAGGCCACUCUCAAUCAGCCAUAGUGAUGGUCGACCAGGAGUUCUUCACUUUGGCCCAGGAUUCCUUGAAAAUCCUGUCCCAGACCAAUCCCAACUUCACACCUCCCCUGCUGAUCGUCAUAGCUGACGAGGGCUGCGACCCGAGCUCUCUCCACCGAGCUCUGGCAGCAGGAGCGAUCGAGUACGAGUCCUUCUUGGGAGCCGGUGAUCCUGAGUAUGCUUGGAAGCCGCCAGCUGAUGAGUGGCAGAGCAUUGCCUUGGGUUAUACUUCUGGCACGACGGCGAACCCCAAGGGAGUCGUGUUGAGCCAUAGAGGGGCUUAUCUCAUGUCAUUGAGCGGCCCUAUGAAUUGGGGUAUGAGUGAAGGAGCAGUCUACCUUUGGACUUUGCCCAUGUUUCAUUGCAAUGGCUGGUGUUUCACUUGGGGGGUUGCUGCUCUUUGUGGCACCAACAUCUGCCUUCGACAGGUGACAGCCAAGGCAGUCUACUUAGCCAUAGCAAACAAAGGCGUCACACACUUCUGCGCCGCACCAGUAGUCCUGAACACCAUAGUCAAUGCUCCAAAGCAUGACACGGUCCUCCCCUUACCCCGAACGGUCCAUGUUAUGACAGCAGGCGCUGCCCCUCCUCCUUCAAUCCUCUUCGCCAUGACCGAGAAGGGCUUCAAAGUCACACACACAUACGGCCUCUCAGAGACCUACGGUCCAUCCACGAUCUGUGCCUGGAAGCCCGAAUGGGACAACCUCCCUCCCAUCACCCAAGCUCGCCUCAACGCUCGCCAGGGUGUCCGCUACAUCGGCCUGGAAGGCCUCGACGUCGUGGACCCCAAGACCAUGAACCCCGUCCCACCCGACGGAGCCACAUUGGGUGAGAUAGUGAUGAGAGGGAAUGGGGUGAUGAAAGGUUACCUGAAAAACAAGAAAGCCAACAAGGAGGCAUUCGCGGGAGGGUGGUUUCACUCGGGUGACUUGGGGGUCAAGCAUCCCGACGGGUACAUCGAGAUCAAGGACAGGGCUAAAGACAUUAUCAUCUCCGGCGGGGAGAACAUCAGUAGCUUGGAAGUGGAGAGCGUGAUGUAUACCCAUCCGAAGGUCUACGAGGUCUCGAUCGUGGCCAGGCCCGACGAUCGGUGGGGGGAAUCGCCCUGUGCGUUCGUUACGUUGAAGGAUGGUGUGGGAACAGGAGGUAUGGAGGAAGAGAUUGUGAGGUUCUGCAGGGAGAAGAUGCCUGCUUAUUGGGUUCCCAAGUCUGUUAUCUUUGGGGCCUUGCCGAAGACUGCUACAGGGAAGAUCCAGAAGCAUGUUCUGAGGGCUAAAGCUAAAGAAAUGGGAUCCGUGAAGGCGAGCAAGUUGUGACAGGAUGGAGAAGAGGUAUGUGUAUUUGUGUAAUGUAUGUACAGGAGCUGCUUAGCAGGAGUUUCUGCUGCCAUUGAUUCAGCUGUGAUAGAGAAAUAAGACAACCCUUUUCAUGUCUACGUUGUUGUACUUUCUGGGUUAAUAGGCCAAGCUGCCAUAUAACUUAGCAAGAUUGGCGGGGCCGGUUAUGGGUUUGAGUAUGGGUUGGUUUCGGGUCGAACAUUUAAAUUUAUCUAUGUUCAUCUUAUUGUGCUUCUUCCGAGCUUCUAUUUAGGUAUAUACAGUUCUUAAUACGCUGUUAAACUGGCAAAACAUGGAUGAUAGCCAGGCUAACGUACUUAAACGUAAAAUUAGCAUAAACGUAAAAUUAGCAU